AUGAAUAGUAUUAGUGAAGAAAAACAACAAAUCUUUUGUGAUGAUGCAGAUGAAAAAAAAUUGAUUAAAGGUUAUCCUGAAGAACAAAAUAUUUGGGAACUCAAGCAAAAUGUAGAUUGUCCAGAUUUAAUCGAUGAAUACGAAAAUCAUCUAUUAAAAAAACCUCGUUUCACGGAUAAUGAUUCAUCAUCACUAUUAUUAACAAAACCUAUUGGUAAUAAUAAAUCAUAUGAAUUUAAUAAACAUCAUGAAACAAAUCCUCAUGAUAAACCAUCAUUAUUAUAUUUAUUUGGCCAACAUAUAGCCCCAUUAUCUGGUGGUGGAAAUGCUCGUCAAUGGUUCAUUCAACUUGAUACAAAAUUUUUUGAACUUAAUUUGUCUUUUCACGAUGCAAUUAUUUGGUAUAGUUUACAUAAAGAUAAAAUAAAAUGUUAUACUGAGCUUUGUCGAUUAUGUGCUCUUGAAUAUUUUCAAUUAGAAAAAUCUCCUCAUCGUAGUAUUUUUAUGCAACAAAAAAAAAAUAAAUCUUUAUUAUUAAAUUCAACUGUUGUUAUUAAUGAUAAUUUAACAGGUAAUACAUUGAAUUGUCCAAAUGAUAACCCUCCAUCAGUUGUUUGUUAUCAUGAAACAUCAACUGAUUCGAAUUCUAAGCAUGUAUUCAAUUCUAUCUUAUCACCAACAAUUUCUAAAGCAGUAGUUGAUAGAUUCAUUAAAGAUCCGACUAAAUUUUCUGGUAAAUUAAAUUUGAUUCACAUAUAUCUUAAAGGUGAAGCACAUGAAUGGUUUAAACAAUAUCCAGCCCAAUUAAGAUCUUGGUCAAUAUUUAUCAAUGAAAUAGCUCAAUCAUUUACCUCAAUUCUACAACGUGAUUUAGCAUUUACAAAUUGA